AUGGAUAACGUCCACAUGGAUGAAAGUUUUGUGAAAGCAGAGGAAUCUACAAAGAGAAGAAAAGGUAAAAAUUGUGGGAAGAAGGUAGCUGAACAAGUGGAACUUAAAGAACCAACCCUUGUGAAAGAGGGUGUUGAUGAAGUUAAUGUUAGAGCUGUUGAUGCGGAGAAAUCAAGGGAAAGAUGA